UGCGUCAGUUCAGCAUCACGCGUCUCUCCAAUCUGUUGUUCUUAAAUUUAACAUAAAAAAAGUAAAAUAAAAGUGUCAUUAUUUUUGACAACUGUGUUAUUUUUAUAAACUAUAAAUAAUUAUGUGAAUAUGAUUAUUAUAAAUAUUAUAAAAAAUAUAAUAUAAGAAGAAAUAAAAUAAGACUAAAUAAACAAGUGUUUUAUUAUUUUGCAAAAAUAUAUUUUGCUGAGUUUAUGGGUUUCAAUAUGAGCUCCUUUUUAAGGAGUCUCGUUGUCUUGUGUCUUGUUGAAAUUGCUCGAAGUCAAGGAGUUGAAUUAUUUUUUUCUGUAAAUCCAGAAGAUCAUACUGUUAUUGAAGGUUCACCAGUACGUUUACGAUGUGAAACACAACCAAAUAAAGGUGUUAAAUAUUCAUGGAAACUUGAUGGUCAAAAUCUUGCACCAAGUCCACGUCGUCAUCAAGUUGGAAGUGAUCUUUACAUAACAAGAGUCAAUAGAGUACUUGACAGUGGUAAUUUUGUUUGUCUUGCUUAUCAUGAACAAAGUGGAAAUAGCAUUGAAAGUUCACCAGCUAAAAUUAAUGUACAAUGUAAGUAUUAACAAAAUAUAAAAUUGCAUAUAUUUUUUUUAACAUAAAAAUAAAUUCAUUUAUUAUUAUUAUUUAUAAAUUAUAUGCUGAAUAAAAAAUAAAAUCUCGGUAAAGAUAUUCCUUUCAAAUAAAAAA